UUCAGUUGGGCCUGCACAAAGCCCGCGUUAUUACGACUCCAGCAUCUAGUAGGACAUUAAAAACGACAACAUGGCCACACAAAAGUUCGCUGGUCCUUCUCCCUACACCCUGCCAACCACUCAUCCGGAGGUUGAUUUCUUAUAUACUGAGUAUCUUAAAAAUGUAGCUAGUGAUGUCAAAGCAAAGGAAAAUAAGCCCCCAGUCGUGGCAGCUAUUUUCGGACUUGGUCGCGCAGGUUCUAUACACAUGGCCACCAUCAACCGCAACCCACGAAUUAUUAUCAAAUACAUUGUUGAUGACCGUAAAGACAAAUUCGACGAAUUGAGAAAAUAUUGGUCUCUUAGUGACGAUAUUGUUUUCCUGACACCUAAAGAAAGCGACAAAGUAUACAAUGACAAAGCUGUGAACACAGUGUUUAUCUUCACACCCACCACCACACAUCACAACAUUGUUGUGAACUCAAUUGCAAACAACAAAGAUGUUUUCUGUGAAAAACCCAUUGCUGAAACCAGUGAAGAAACUAAGAAAUGUUAUGAAGCGGCAAAGGCCAAGGGUCGUGUACUAUUCGCUGCUUUCAUGCGCCGUUUUGACCCAGCUUACAGGGAUCUUAAAAACAAGAUUAGGAAUGGUGACUUAGGACAUGUGCAAAUUGUGAAGGGCACAACCAGAGAUUCACCUCUUCCUCCCAUCGAAUAUCUUAAAACUUCAGGUGGUGUGUUCUUUGAUUGUUUGGUUCACGAUUUUGACAUGUUCUGCUGGCUGCUGGGAGAGGUACCCACUCGCGUACAAGUAUCUGCUUCAGCUCUAAUGCCUGAAAUCAAAGCUAUCAAUGACUUCGACACAAUUGCCACAAUACUUACUUUCCCAUCUGGAGCAGUUGGUCUUUUGGAUAACAGCAGAUACAGUGCUUAUGGUAUUGAUCAGCGUCUCGAAGUUUUUGGAAACAAAGGUAUGAUCAAGGUUGACAACCAGGUACCUGCGCAUUCUACCGAAUAUGUCAUUAAACAAGAAGGUGUCAAGAAGAAUCCCAUCUACUACUCAUUCCCAUCUCGUUAUAAGCUGGCGUAUCAACGUGAAUUGGAAUAUUUCUUGGACGUCGUUCAAUACGGAGCCCCUGUUGACGUGAACAGCUGGCAAGUGUUGGCCGUGAGCAAGGUCGUGGCUGCGGCCGCUGAGAGCGCGCGCACUGGCGAAACUGUAUACAUCGACUGGAGCAAAGAUGAUAUCCCCGCGGAAUACUCGUAAAUCUAAGACCUAGGAAUUUCUGUGAACCCAUGAAUUCGUUAUCCGACUAAGCUUAAAUAAAUGUGUUUUAUACAUCACAAA